AUGUCGAACAAUUCAGAAGUGGUUCAAAUUAGACCACUCGGUCACACCAAACUUUUUGAACCAAUUGCGAUUGGUGCCCACACUUUACCCCAACGUAUUGCAUUUGCUCCGUCAACAAGGCAACGUGGGACUGUCGACUACUACCCUACUGAUUUGCAAUUACCUUACUACAAAGCCAGAGCUCAGUACCCGGGUACGUUGGUCAUUACUGAAGCCACGUACGUUGCACCUGGCGGUGCAGGAAGAGCCAAUGUCCCUGGAAUUUGGAAUGACAAGCAAGCUGCUGGGUGGAAGAAAAUCACUGACGCGAUAAGGCAGGAAAAGUCAUUUUCAAGUAUUCAAUUAUGGCAUUUGGGAAGAACUGCUGAUCCAGAACAGUUGAAACGUGAUGGUCAACCGUUUAUUGCUCCCUCAGCCAUAUAUAUGGAUCAAGAAUCAGAACAACAUGCCAAGAAAGUCGGCAAUGAGUUGAGGGCAGCUACUAAAGAAGAGAUUGAAGACUUGAUCAAUAACGUAUACCCCAAUGGGGCUAGAAAGGCAUUGGAUGCUGGAUUCGACUUUAUCGAAUUACAUUCAGCUCAUGGGUACUUUUUGGAUCAAUUUUUGAACCCAGUGACCAAUCAUCGAACUGAUGAGUACGGUGGUUCGAUUGAAAACCGUGCUCGUUUACUAUUGGCAAUCAUUGACAAAUUGAUCCCUAUUGUUGGUGCCCAAAGAUUAGCAGUUCGAUUAUCACCAUGGGCCACUUUCCAAGUUAGUGAUCCAGAAGGAGCUGAAAUACAUGCUUAUAUUCUCGAUCAAUUGCAAAAACGUGCUGAUGAAGGCAACGAAUUGGCUUACAUUUCCCUUGUUGAACCUAGAGUCUCGGCUUCUUACGAUGUGGCAAUUGAGGAUCAACGCGGUAGAAGUAAUGCUUUUGCUGAUGAGCAUUGGAAGGGUAAAUUCGUUAAAGCAGGCAACUAUACUUAUGAUGCACCCAAGUUUGAAACCAUGUUGCAUGAUUUGGGGAAUGGCCGUACUGUAAUUGCGUUUUCACGAUUUUUUACAUCGAACCCCGACUUGGUUUAUCGAUUGAAAAAUGGGUUACCUUUGCAACAUUAUGAUAGACCUACAUUUUAUACUCAUGACAAUUAUGGAUACAAUACUUGGAAUUCAUAUGAUGGGAGUGAACAGUUUGAUAAGGAGGCUGAGCAAAAGCGAGUUGGUAAAGUUUUAGCAUAG